AUGGUCGAGUGGUCUAAAUGUAUUCCGAAAAUCAUGUCUCCAGUUACUGAAAUAGUCAACAUCUAUGUUCCGUCAGAUAAACGUCCAUCGGAAGAUGUAAAACUUAGUGGGAGCAUUCCAUUUCACUUCUUGUAUACUCAACUUCAAGAGUUUGCCACUAACAAGGACCCAGGCACCCAUCCCUCUACCUGGUUCGAUGACGAUGCCUUUAAGUCUCGUAUUACUGCCAUCAAGGCCGAUUAUGAGAGACGGAAAAAGGAGAAGUCCAUUUUAUCGGACAGCGGUUUAAUCUCGUCAUGGGUUAAUUCACUUUCUUCAUUUGAAUGCCUUGAAAGUGGGGCCGCCUCUGCUUCCGUCAGCGUCCAAACUGAUGGAGCCCUUGGCCUUAGUAUUUGUCCUCAAUCGACUCCGAAUAAGGAGAGCCAAACUAAAUCUCUUUUGCCGCAAGGAAUGCGCACUUUUCUUGAUGACGACGAUUCGUUUAUUCUUGAUGUUUCAACACCUUCAGGUGACAUUUUUGAUCCUCCACAUGUAGCUGCACGAAAAACGAAUACAGAUGUGGAAAAUCUCGGCAAUGUCAGUCUACCCAUUUUAAAUGACUCAGACUCCAGCGUGCAUCGUCGUAGAAUACCAUGGACUCUUUCAGAGACUAUUGCCCUUUGGCACGAGGUUCAAGAAGCCCUGCCCAAUCCUCCUUCAUGGGCUAAUAUCAGGGACAAGGUAUUUGCCUCCUCUCGACGCACAAAUGUGGACCUGAAAGAUCGUUGGAGGGUCAUUCAAAGAGACAAAGGUCUCCAGAAGAAAAUUCGGCUCUACUAUGACAAAUGGCUUGCGGGCCAGAGGAAGAGUUCCAAAAAAUAG